CGAUCGUCUAAGCUUCCCUAGUCGGCCACUCCAAGCCUCCCACCCGAUUCAGGCUCGUGAGGACGGAAAAAAACAGAGCAAAACCCGGGGGAAACAUAGGAAAAACCAACAAAAGGAAAGACGGAAAAAAUUAACAGUACUAUGUUAUUGAAGGAUAUGAAGGAUCAUUUCAUGCACAUCGGGCAAGGUUGAUAAGAUAGCAGAUUGCCUUUGCAUCAUCAUAUGAUUGCAAACUCAUGCAAACAUGCGGUUUGAAAAUAAGCAUGCUAAAACUUCAAAAAGGAUAAGGUCGCCACCUUUGGCUUUUGAAAACAAUCACUCCAUCCAGAAGCCUGAUUUUUCUCCUGAAGAUGCGCAAAGAUUGGGCAGUCGAAGGAAAUCUCCAGUAAAUUUAGAUAAAUUCCCACCUCAACAGAGCAAUCACCAAGUUGUGUCCUAUUCUGAUGCACAUGAUACUGGAACUCUAUCUCCACCAAAGCCUUCUUUCCUUAAUGGAACCAAAAGGGCUAGGUCUCCUGUACCCUCUGCUGAUGAUUUGGCAACAUCUUCUACACAAUCUGAUAUUGAAAGGGAAAUGCAAGCAAAGGCGAAGCGGUUGGCUCGCUUCAGUGUUGAACUAAGCCAACCAAUUCAUAACCUACAUGAUCUUGUAAAGCGCAAACCUUCAGGAAAUAAAGACAACCAAGCUUCUUUGGACAAAUGCAAUGCACAUGACCAUACUGAAUUAGCACAUGAUUUAUCUAGCAGUGAUACUUUGUUUGAUACUGAAGGCCCAGAAUCAUCUCAAGUUGUGGUUGGGCUUUGUCCAGAUAUGUGUCCAGAAUCUGAACGGAAGGAGCGUGAGAGAAAAGGAGAUCUGGAUAGGUAUGAGCGCCUGGAUGGAGAAAGAAACCAAACUACCAAAUUUCUUGCUGUCAAAAAGUAUAAUAGGACAGCUGAGCGAGUAGCUGACUUGAUAAGGCCUAUGCCGGUCUUGCAGAAGACGGUUGAUUAUCUUGUGAGUUUGCUGGAUCAACCUUACAAUGACAACUUUUUGAGUAUCUACAACUUUUUGUGGGAUAGAAUGCGGGCGAUAAGGAUGGACCUUAGAAUGCAACAUAUUUUCAACCAACAAGCUAUCAUCAUGCUUGAGCAAAUGAUAAGACUCCACAUCAUUGCUAUGCAUGAGUUGUGUGAAUAUGAGAAAGGUGAGGGUUUUUCAGAAGGAUUUGAUGCACACCUGAACAUAGAACAAAUGAACAAGACAUCAGUUGAGUUGUUUCAAAUGUACGAUGACCAUAGGAAGAAGGGAAUCAAUGUUCCGGCAGAAAAGGAGUUUCGUGGUUAUUAUGCACUUCUCAAGUUGGAUAAGCAUCCAGGAUACAAAGUUGAACCUGCGGAGCUCUCACUUGACCUUGCUAAGAUGACUCCAGAGAUUAGAUGCACUCCAGAAGUUUUAUUUGCUCGAGAUGUAGCUAGAGCAUGUAGAAUAGGUAAUUAUAUCGCCUUCUUUCGCCUUGCAAGAAAAGCAACUUACCUGCAGGCCUGCUUGAUGCAUGCUCACUUUGCCAAGAUAAGAAGACAGGCACUUGCUUCUUUGCACAGAGGUCUUCAGAAUAACCAAGGAAUUCCCAUUGCACAUGUUGUGGACUGGCUAGGCAUGGAGGAGGAGGAUGUUGAAGGUCUUCUGGAAUAUCAUGGGUUUGUUUCAAAAAAAUAUGAAGAGAUGUAUAUGGUGAAGGAAGGUCCAUUUCUUAAUGGUGAUGUGGAUUUCCCAACCAAGUGUGCAAAACUUGUGCACCUCAAGAAGUCAAAGAGGAUUAUUGAUGAUGUUUAUUCUGGUCCUACCAUCUCAGACCUCUCUGAAGAAACAGAAGUUGUAUCAGAUGUCCCAGACAGCAUUCUUCAGAGAACUGAAUCAUCCAAAACAGAAGAUUGGAUCCAUACAGGCAAUGAAGAAGUGCAUGGUUAUAAAUCUGAUGAUGAUCUUAGGGCUGUCACACGAACUGAACAACCACUUGAGGGGCCACUGCCAGCUACUGCAAUAAAAGAAAAUGAUGCUAAAAUGACUGAAGUCUUCCCUCCUUUUGCCAGCUGUGCAACUGAAGAUGAUUCAGUACAUAAUGAUGAGGAUGAACAAAUGACUGAAUUAGAUGGAGAUACCUCCAUGGGUCAGGGAAUCUUGCCUCAAAUUGAGAUAACCAUGGCUCAAGCUGGAGAACCUGGAUUCUCAAAGUCCAAGCUCAUAGUUGAGAGUACAGCCUCUCAGACAGAAGUAGCCAAAAGCCUAGAAAAUGAAGCAUCAAAAAUCAUUGUGUGUCCGAAGAAUGAAGUUUCCAGUGAAAAGCUAAAGCUGAUUGUAAGAAAAUGGAAGCAAGUAGCGUCAUUGUGGAGGAAAAACAGGGAACAAAGAGAGUUUCUUGCAAGUACAGCAUUAAGUUCACUCUCAUUAGGACCACCAGUACGACAAAUCAAAGCACCACCAAGACAUGCCAAGAGCAAGCUUAACAUUGACUAUAUUGCAAGAGAGAGAUAUCGAAGACAUGAGAAAUCAUGGUCAACAUUGAAUGUCUCAGAACUGGUUGCACCAAUUUUAAGUGCAAAAAAUCUUAAUGCCAGAUGCCUUUGCUGGAAGUUGAUUGUCUGUGUCCAGGGAACUGUUACAAUGGGUGAAAACAAUCUUUUGGCUUCAAGAUGGUUGCUGUCAAAACUCAUGGGUUCUGAUAAAGGAAAUGAUGAACUGAUAGUUUUGUCCUCUCGCUUAUCAAUAUGGAAGAAGUGGAUCAACAGAAAUAGUUCUUCCGAAGCCUGCUGUUUAUCUGUCAUUAGGGAGGCAAUGUUUGUCCAUGAGCAGCAAGUUUCUGAAGAUGAUGUUUUGGCUGGUGCAAGCUGCAUUAUAUUUCUGGUAUCAGAAAGCAUUCCAUGGGAAAUUCAGAGGGAUCGGCUUCAGAACCUUUUAAUGUCUGUACCUUCUGGAUCAAGCCUACCUCUUUUGAUAGUAGUUGGUGAUGCAUACAAAGAAGAGACUGCCGAUCCUUCAGCUACAAUAAUUAAGAGACUUGGUCUUCAUGAUGCAGACAAAACAAGGGUAAACUUGUUUUCAGUUGUUUUCCUGGUUGAUAGCCCCCAAGAGCACUUUAAUGGUUUCCUCGAUGAUGAUAAAUUGAGAGAGGGUCUACAGUGGCUGGCAAACUGUUCACCUCCACAACCUUCUCCACAUCUGGUGAAGACCUAUGACCUGGUCUCGAGCUAUUUGAGAUCUUCAUUGAGGGUUCUUGAAAAUUGUAAUGCCUCUGAAAUGGGUCCAGACUGUUGCAUCUUAGCUUUCAACAAAGCCUUGGACCGAUUGGUGGAGGAAAUUCUGACUGCAGCGUCCAUGAACCCAAUUUGUUGGCCUUGUCCUGAAGUUGAUUUGCUAGAGAAAUCGAGCAGAGAGAGAAUGAUAGCAUACAUGUUCUUACCAAGCAUUGGUUGGUCCUCACCUGCAAAAAUUGAGCCACUCAGGAGAGCAAUAGAGGGUUGCAAACUUCCAAAAUUUUCCUACGACCUGUCUUUUUUGAGUCAAGGUUCCCAUAUGGGUUCACAGAUUCCAAAUCAGAAGUUAGCCUUUGAAGAUUGCUUGAUCAAGUAUCUUAUGCAGUCAUGUCAUUUGUUGAAUCGGGAUCUAGCUGCUAAGGAGGCUAGUGUAAUGGUACAGAAGGGUGCAGGUCUUGAGCUACAUGAUUCAUGUUAUUACAUUAUUCCAAGAUGGGUUACAAUUUUCAGGCGCAUCUGCAAUUGGCGACUGCUGAAUUUGACAUCUGGGGAGGCCUCAGUUGCUUAUGUGUUGGAUCCUUCCAUAAUGGAUUCCCUCUGGAAGACAGAUGUCGAAAUGCUUGUGAAGUCCAGUUCAGGCAUGCAGCAUUUUGAGAGCAGAUUUUGUUUUGAAGGGCAACAACCAUGGCAUUAUGUUCCAAACGAAGUGCCCUUCGAUGAAAUUUUUGAAACCAGCUGUAGGGAUUCAUUUAUAGAGCAACCCUCAUUGGUUCACAUGCCUGCAUGUUCGCCCCCAGGGGUCGCCAUUGAAGAUGGUUGUGCUUCCGAGACUGAUGUUGAAAAUAGGAAAACUGAUGGAGAUUUCAGAGUCCGUAACUUCGCUGCUGAUUACUCUCUAUCAAGGGAUCGAAGUAAACAGAGGGUAGCUCCAUCUUUGUCUAUAAAUAAUGACAAGUUGAACAUGUUAUUGGCGCAAUGUAAGCGGUGGCAAGACAUGAUAGAUGAGAAACUUGCUUUUUAUUUUUGA